CAACCUCUGCUUUCUCUCCCUAGAGAACCUCUUUCUCUCACCAGAAAAAAUUUUCCCCUCGGCUUCGUCGUUGUCGUUGCCAGGGAGGCGAUCCAUGUAGUUUGAUUCGAUUCUUUUCUUGCUCAGUGUGUGUGAGAGGGAGAGAGAGGGGGGGAAGGUUUCGUGAAUCGGAGAAAUGGGCGAGUCUUUCUUCGAUCUUUGGGAAUUUUUGAAGAAACCCUCGAUAACCGAGACACUUGUUGACAUUUUGCUAUGCGCAGUCCCGAUUUGGUUUGCUGUGAUGGUUGGCUUGGUCAUCGGCUGGUCAUGGCGGCCCCGAUGGAAUAGUAUCGUGUUCCUUGGUUUUCGGUGUAAGUUCCGGCUCCUCUGGACGGCUCCGCCGGGCUUUGGUGCUCGUCGGCUCUGGUUGGCAUUCACAGCACUAUCUGCUUUCUCCAUUUGCCGCACGAUUUGGUCGAAUUUUAGAGGAAAGGGCAAAGGUCAAGCUGGGCAAUCAGUGAAUGUAGCGGCGGAGAUAUCCAAAACUGGGGAGGAAAGCAGUGAGGUUGCUGGGCCUGGUGUUAAAAUUGGAGAGAAGGAGCAUGAUAUCGUCAAUCAGAAUGAUUUGGAUCAUCUCCUUUAUCUUCUUGAAGGGAAGAAUGGAACGAUGGACUGGCAAAGUUUGAUGCAGAUUUCAACACCAAAUAUGUCAUAUCAAGUUUGGCGUCAUCAACCUCAGACAGGUCCUCUAGUUUACCAGAGUAAAACGGUCUUUGAAGAUGCAACUCCAGAGUUGGUAAGGGAUUUCUUCUGGGAUGAUGAGUUUCGCCUUAAAUGGGAUUCUAUGCUUGCAUACUGCAAAAUAUUGGAGGAAUGCUCACAUAAUGGCAUCAUGUUUUCCCAUUGGAUAAAAAAGUUUCCAUUUUUCUGUAGUGACCGAGAAUAUAUAAUUGCUCGAAGAAUAUGGGAGAGUGGAGAUACAUUCUAUUGUGUUACAAAGGGGGUGCCGUAUCCAAGUAUACCCAAACGUGACAAGCCCAGACGAGUAGAGCACUAUUUUUCUAGUUGGGUCAUCAAGCCUGUUGAAUCGCGCAAGGAUGGCCAGCUGUCUGCAUGCGAGGUAACCCUUUUACAUUAUGAAGACAUGGGGAUUCCAAAAGACGUAGAGAAGUUGGGAGCUCGACAUAUCAUGUCUGGCGUUGUCAAGAAAUUGCACUCUGGAUUGAGAGCUUACCAGAAUGAUCGGAAAACCGAGGCUUCUCUGUCAAGAUGUGCAGCGAUGGCAAGGAUAACCACCAAGCUUUCUUCUGUAAAAAGCCUGAAUUCUUUAGGUCCUGCCAAUGAGGAAGAGGAAGGUGAAGUCAUGAUUAGUAAAGCAAAUCAUAAGGAUCAUGGCAUAGACUGGAAGUGGUUGGUUUUAGGAGGGACUGUUGCUCUGGUUUUGGGAAUUCAUGGUGGAGCAAUAGGAAAAGGGUUAUUAUUGGGAGCAGGGCACAGACUUGCAAGGAGAUGAGUGGCACAGAAUCAGGCCAUAGGAAAGUUUCAUUUGUUAUCUUCUUUUUGAAGAUUCAUCAUGUGUCUCAUUUUACCUGCGUAUUCAUUAUGUUGAUGUUGAUUGCAUUGCAUGCAUGCAUGCAUGCAAAUGCAUGCUUUACUCGAUGUGUAUGAAACUGCAAUUGCAUGGGUAUGAAACUAAACGACUCAGGUGGAAUCUGUUAGGGAAUGAGGUUGAAAUAUGAUAAAGUUGUUAGAAAUUAUAGAAACUAGAUGAUUGGCA